CAAACUUAAAUCUCACUUUUUUACUGAGUUUGGAAAUCAGCGGCCGGAUGUGCUCUAGGCGGUUAUCAGUCAGGUGUUGUGGACUUGUGUCUAGGACAGGGCCAGAGAGCCAAAUCUCUACUUCUGCCGUUAGCUUACUGUAUGACCUUGAGUAAAUAGCACGUACUUAUAUGCAUGCCAAAGUUACUCCAGAGUUGGGAAGACAUCCUUAAUCAUGUCUCUUGUCAGCGAAGAAUUUCCUGAAGAGGUUCCACCACGAGCCGAAGAAAUCACCAUUCCAGCUGAUGUCACCCCUGAAAGAGUGCCAACCCACAUAGUGGAUUAUUCAGAAGCAGAGCAAAGUGAUGAGCAGCUUUACCAUGAAAUAUCACAGGCAAAUGUGAUUUGUAUAGUAUAUGCUGUUAACAACAAGAAUUCUAUUGAUAAGGUAACAAGUCGAUGGAUUCCUCUCAUCAAUGAAAGGACAGACAAAGAUAGCAGGCUGCCGCUUAUAUUAGUGGGAAACAAGUCUGAUCUAGUGGAAUAUAGCAGUAUGGAAACUAUCCUUCCCAUUAUGAAUCAAUAUACAGAGAUAGAAACAUGUGUAGAGUGUUCAGCCAAAAACUUGAAGAAUAUAUCUGAGCUAUUUUAUUAUGCACAGAAAGCUGUUCUACAUCCUACAGGUCCUCUUUAUUGCCCAGAGGAGAAAGAGAUGAAACCUGCCUGUAUUAAAGCACUCACUCGCAUUUUUAGAAUUUCUGAUCAGGAUAAUGAUGGUACUCUCAAUGAUGCAGAGCUCAACUUCUUUCAGAGAAUUUGUUUUAAUACGCCACUGGCACCUCAAGCUUUGGAAGAUGUAAAGAAUGUAGUCAGGAAAAACCUAAGUGAUGGAGUUGCAGAUAAUGGAUUAACAUUAAAAGGUUUUCUUUUUCUACACACACUUUUUAUUCAGCGAGGAAGACACGAAACAACUUGGACUGUUUUACGUCGCUUUGGAUAUGAUGAUGACUUAGAGCUUACACCAGAGUACUUGUUUCCUCCGCUAAAAAUUCCUCCAGACUGCACCACAGAAUUAAAUCAUCAUGCAUACCUGUUUCUUCAAAGUAUUUUUGAUAAACAUGAUUUGGAUAGAGAUUGUGCUUUGUCUCCUGAUGAAUUGAAAGAUUUGUUCAAAGUCUUCCCUUAUAUGCCAUGGGGACCUGAUGUUAACAACACUGUUUGUACAAAUGAAAGGGGGUGGAUUACAUACCAAGGGUUUCUCUCUCAGUGGACACUAACCACGUACUUAGAUGUACAGCGUUGCUUGGAGUACCUGGGUUAUUUAGGCUACUCGAUACUUGCAGAACAAGAAUCUCAAGCAUCAGCAAUUACAGUUACAAGGGAUAAAAAGAUAGACCUCCAGAAAAAACAGACUCAGAGAAAUGUUUUCCGAUGCAAUGUUGUUGGCAUGAAAGGCUGUGGGAAAAGUGGAGUUCUUCAGGCUCUUCUUGGAAGAAAUCUAAUAAGACAGAGGCAAAUACGUGCAGAACACAAAUCUUACUAUGCCAUUAAUACAGUCUAUGUAUACGGACAGGAAAAAUACUUGCUGCUACAUGAUGUCAGUGAUGCUGAAUUUUUAACUGACACUGAAACCAUAUGCGAUGCUGUCUGCCUGGUAUAUGAUGUCAGUAACCCGAAGUCCUUUGAGUACUGUGCCAGGAUUUUUAAGCAGCACUUCAUGGAUAGCAGAAUACCAUGCUUAGUGGUAGCUGCAAAGUCUGACUUGCAUGAAGUUAGACAGGAAUAUAGUAUUUCUCCUGCCGAAUUCUGCAAAAAACACAAAAUGCCUCCACCUCAAGCCUUUACUUGUAACACAGUUGAUGUGCCAAGUAAGGAUAUCUUUGUUAAACUGACAACUAUGGCAAUGUAUCCCCAUGCCCGGUUACGCUGUAUGUGCGCCUGCAACAGGUGUACAUUUUGCAUCUGUCAGAACUUCCUCAACUCAGACUUGCUGCAAUCUGUAAAGAACAAACUCUUCACUGCAGUUCUUAACAGGCAUGUGACACAAGCGGACCUCAAGAGCUCUACAUUUUGGCUCCGGGCAAGUUUUGGUGCUACUGUCUUUGCAGUUUUGGGUUUUGCUAUGUACAAAGCAUUAUUAAAGCAACGAUGAUCGGAGAAGAAGCACAUUGGGCACUACCAAAUAAAAAAAAAAACUUUUAUGUACAUUCUGAAUGCUUUAAAUUCUGCUAGAAAUAUUUAUAUAUGCAGAGUUACUUUAUUAAUAUUUGUAAUUCAUGCAUAAGAUUAUUUUAAAUUAUAGCUCUAACUACAGUAUUGCAUAAUGCGCGGAAAAAAAGAAUUGCAUCAUAACAGCCAGCUAAAAUGGCUUAACUUGUGAGGCCAAAAGGGAAUUUGUUGUAAAUAACCUGUACAUAUUAAAGCAGUAAGACGUUGCUUCCCAAAAAGCUAUUCAAAAUAUUGUUCUUAGAUGUUUCACCAUGGUGACAUACUAGUGUAUAGUUGAAAUUAAUUUUCGAUUGAGUAGGUUCAACUCAAGGAUCAUACGUCCUCAAGGAUUGCUUAUUUAUUUCACAUUCAUCUGAAGUGACUUCAUGGUUUUUGGACUAUAAGCUAUACCAAGCAGAAUUUGUGACUUUCAUUCUUAUCUAUUCUUUUUAACUAAUGAACAAAUUUUCCCACUAACUAUGUGUUUCAAGAAAAAGUCACUGUUGCUGUCCUGGCCUAUGAUUUUUGUAUGUUACAUGACCAGUGACAUAUUUAGCAGUCUGGUAUUUCUUUUAAAAGGAAAAAUGUAAACUUCAAAAACUGCCAGAUCAACUUCAUAUGCUAUUGUGUAAUUCGUGUUUUUCAUUUUCCACUAUGUUGUGUUUUAUAACCCUUAUGAAUCAGAUGAGCAAAUUUGUAUAUUAGAAAUGUUUAUAAUUCAAAAAUGGUUGCUGUUUAAUUUCUCACAUAUGUCAGUCAUACCUGUUGAAAGCUGUGUGUAAGAUAAAACUAAAAUAGUACACAGUGCCUAUCCUACUGUAGUAUAUUAGUUGCAUGGAUCUCAGUGCAUUCUGUAACUGGCUAGAAUUACCUAUAGACACAGCUUUUUUAAUGAUUGAGUAAAUCCAACAUUAAUUCCUCAUGACAAACCUAUUUUUCCAUUGCUGGCCUUUUCAAGUAUUUCAAUA